CAUGAACCACCGGAUGAUAUAAGAAACGUUUCCAAGCACAAUUACUCCGAGCCCGAAAACCGCUUUGCGAUAAAGCGGGAAAUCUUUGAUGUUCCACCGAAAUUCAGGCAACUAACAGCAGCGCACGGGAUUGUGGCCUCGUUUCAUGCUAACCACUUACGCGAACCCAAGGCGCUAGGAAAUUACAAGAUAUGCAAGUUUCUUAUGCGCGCGCGACUAGUGGUCGCAUCUCUAGAACAACGGGUAGGCCCAGAGAAAACCAACAGUGAGCAUCCACCGAUCGAGUCCUUAGUGAAACGAGCAUCUGCAAAACGAUGAACAAAGAGCCAGGGACGGCAGUCAAUCAGCGCCGCACUCUCCACAGUUGAGUCCAGACGCCGGAAUAGUCCCAUACAAUUUGCUGUUCACCGUCAGGUCUGCCGUCUCCAUUAAUUUCCAAACGCGCUGCCAAUGCUACUUAUGUCAUUUUCAUACUAAUACUGGGUUCGGCAUAUCGCCUGCUAGCCGAGCCUGUCUGCUCUUGUUACCGCGCUUCUGGAAUCGACUGUUUGGCCCCAUCCACUCCUUAUUCCAGGGAGGACGGGAACAUCGGCAAGAUAUGGACCGUCGCCUCGGUUGAACCUUCCAUGAUCUUGAUGCCUCCUAUCUAUUGCUACAGACAUCGCUUGGAACAUGAAUAUGAUUCAAUCGCCCGCGGUUUUGCUGCAAUUGUACAAUUAUUCUGUGGUGUGGGUAAGGGAUAUAUUGAAAACAAUAUUGAAAAUUCUACUACAAUUCUCACUGGAGCAAAUAUCUCACCUGUAGGUAGGUGUGCUGAUGCCUGGAUUGCAAAUUGCAUGCUAUCUCAUGCAAUCGCAUCGAACUUUGCACACGCACAGCAUGCUGAAUGUCGACAUUCAAUUCGUGGAAACGGGGAUACAAUCCACGCCACGAAUGUUUCAUAAGAAUUGCUGUUGCCAACAACGCGGCCCACAAUAAGCCACACAGACUCAUCCCCAACCGCCGUACUGUCAAUGCGUUUUUAUGCGGCUACCAUGCGGUAUUAAGCGAGACGGGAACCAUCCCAAUCUGUUCCUGCCACUAGGGUCUGCGACAUAGGGGCUUGCUACUAGAACACUCUUUGCGGUGGGGUGGGGAAUAUCGAAUUGUAGCAGCGGCUGCAUGACGAUUCGCCUCUCAUUCGAUAAUGUGGGUUGAGAUUAAACAAACCCGUUUGUUGUUUCGUCCAAGCCUUGGUCAUAAGCUGAAGUCUUGGAACAAACUGGGGCGCUUCAAGUGACGAGAAAUGUAUAAAUCAUAGCCAUUGCCCUGCUUUAUUGUCCUCACCACCAUCACCGGGACCAGCUCUUCAGCAUUACCUUCGUUUUUUACACACCUUCUUUUCUUCAAUUCACUUCCACACUCGUUUUCUGGACAAAAUGAAAGCCUCUUUCGCCGCCAUCGCUGCUGUUGCACAGGUUGCAUCCGCCCAUUACUCCUUCGACGCCGUCACCAGCGGCGGAGCUGGUGCUCAACCUUACAAGUAUGUCAGGGACUUGACCAGGCCUACCAAGUACAACCCUAUCAAGUUCUCUUCCAACCCUGCUGCCGACAUCCGGGACAACUCCAACGUCGACAAGGGCACAGAUAUCAUCUGCAACCAGGGUGCCUUCUCCUCCGCCGGUAAGACUGAUGUCUUGACUGUCAGCGCCGGUGACGAGGUCACCCUGAGGACCGCCGUCGGCGCGAAGAUGGAGCACCCCGGUCCUUCUCUGGUCUACAUGUCCAAGGCCCCCAGCUCUGUCAAGACCUACGACGGUUCUGGUGAAUGGUUCAAGAUCUACGAAGACUCUGUCUGCUCUGAGACCGCCGACUUCACCAAGGAUGCCUGGUGCUCUUAUGGAAAGUCUUCCAUUGGCGCUAAGAUCCCCAAGGACACCCCCGAUGGUGAAUACCUCUUCCGUGUUGAGCACAUCGGUGUUCACCGAUCCCACGUCAACCAGCCCGAGCACUACGUUGGCUGUGCUCAGAUCAAGGUCACCAACGGAGGAUCCGGCACCCCUGGCCCCACCGUUAAGUUCCCCGGAGCUUACAAGUCGACCGACGACUACGCCAACUUCAGCAUCUACAACGGCCGCAAGGCCUUCAAGAUCCCCGGUCCUGCUGUCUGGUCCGGAGGUUCUACUGGUGGCUCCGCUGGCAACAGCACUCCCGUUGACAAGGAGGAGGAGACCACCCCUGCUCCUUCUACUCCUUCUGCCCCAGCUUCCUCUGCUCCCGCUGCUGCCCCUUCGGCUGCUCCCUCAUCUGCUCCUCCCGCUGCUCCCCCUGCCUCCCAGCCUCCUACCGCUGGCUGCGCUUCUCUCUACGGACAGUGCGGCGGCAAGUCCUUCACCGGUGGCAAGUGCUGCUCCGCUGGUGCCUGCAAGGAGAUGAACCCCUACUACUCCCAGUGCAUCUAAAUGCAUUCUCUCAUAGCCUGGUCUGCAGUUCACCUUCUGAGCUUGACCACGCUGCUCCGAGUGGGAGAAAGCCAACAGCCUCUGCACCCUUGAUGGCAAUUCUUCACUUUUUGAAGUGUUCUGAUCGAAAUAGAGCAAGCAUUACCGUCUUUCAUGUAUAUAUAUACUUUUACUAUCUACCAACAGCUCGCCUGAGGCAGCUCACGUACCCAUGUUUG